AUGAUGAUGAUGAUCUCUGUAGCAACCAUAAAGAUUCACAAGCCCACGUUGUUGAAGUUGUCGAUGAUAGGAUUGAGGAACAUUCUUCCACGGAUGGGAGUGGUGUUUUCUCGUGAACCUUUCCUACCGCUCAAAGAGGAGGAAGUAGCUCAAGUCAAUAGUGACUUCUCUGAGACGAAUAGUAUGAAGAUCUUGGUUUCGCAUAAAAAAUCCUUUAUUCAAAUCACUGGAAAUACUUUACAAUGCCUAAUGCCAACUCAAUGGCUUAACGACAAGGUCGUUAAUCUCUGUCUCCAGCUGCUGAAAGAGAGAGAAACUAGAGAUCCCCAAAAGUUCUUCAAGUGUCAUUUCUUCAAUACCUUCUUUUACGUUAAGCUGGCACGCGGUUCCGGUAACAACUACCAAGCUGUCAGGAGAUGGACUGCCCAUAGCAAGCUAGGAUAUAAUCUUAUUGACUGUGACAUAAUAUUUGUUCCGAUCCACAUAGGUAUACAUUGGGCCGUGGCAGUGAUUAACAAUAGGGAACACAAGUUCAUGUAUUUUGAUUCAUUGAAUGAAGAAAUGCAAUGCCAUGAUUAUGGAACCAAUAUUUUAUUGUUUCAGGCAAAGUACUUGGUGGAUGAAGUAAAAGACAAGAAUGAAAAGGAUAUUGACGUUAGUUCAUGGGACAAGAAGUUCGUGAACGAAUCUCCCAAGCAACAGAAUACAUACGACUGUGGGAUGUAUAUGCUUAAAUACAUUGAUUUUUACAGUAGAAGUCUACAAUUUAGCCAGAAACACAUGUCAUACUUCAGGUUAAGAACAACAAAGGAGAUACUGAGACUGCAAGCCGACUAA